AUGUUCGAAUUGAAAAGUGAUCAAAUUUUGAUAUUUCUAUAUAACUUUAUUAUUGUCAGAUUUAUUUUAUCAAAUUGCUGUUCAGUGAGUUUUUUUUGAGCUUAGAAUCAAUAAUUAAGAUUUUUAGAGAUCCACGGCAUAUCAAAAACCCGACUCACCAAUUAUUUCGGAGCAAUCAAAUUCACCGGUUAGUAGAACUGCAAGUGUUUCCCAUAAAACCAAAAAAUCUUCGGAUUUUCCAAUUUCAACAUGUCAAACUGUUCAAAUUCCUUCGAAAAUCGAUGAAAAUGAGAAGACGAAUGCAAAUCAAGCAUUAUUAAAUGAAGAUGAAGAACGAGCAGCUGCACAAUUGCAGAAAUAUUUAUCAGAAACUUGUCCAAAAUCGACGAGUCCAUUGAAUUCUGUUGAAAGAACUGCUUUUGAUAAUGAAUAA